CAUCUUGCUUCUAUAUUUCCACAAAUAUGGCCCCCAAAAACAAUAACCAUUUCAGAAUUCCUCUGUACAAAACUGUGUCUUUGGACAUUCAUUUUCCUCACUGGAAAAGGUUGAAAGGUAAUUUGAAAGGAAGUUUCCACAUGAGCGUGUUGGGCACUCGGUUGUUAUAUUAUAUAUACCGAGUCCCAUGGCCAAUAGCAUUAUUAUAACAAAAUUAUCUGUAAUUGGAAACAUUUGAUUAUGAAUCAAUCGAGCAUGGCAAACUGUGUUUGCAGUUUAUUAAUUAUGGCCCUUUAUAUCAUGUUGCUACCAUCCGUUAUUGUUACCAGCAUGACACAUUCUUCUAAUUCCUCAACCAUAAAUGAGGAACGACAGGCUUUGCUCCAAAGCGGUUGGUGGAAUGAUUACCUAAAUAUCUCAGACCAUUGUGCUUGGGAUGCUAUCACUUGUAAUGAAGCUGGAAGUGUUAUUAUAAUUCUCGGUUGGAAGAUUCCUCCAUCUGAAGAAUUGCGGCGGCUUCAGAACUUGAACAUGACUGCCUUCCCCAAUUUAGAGGUUCUAUAUCUAUAUGGAAUGAGUCUUAGGGGAAGCAUCCCUAAAGAAAUAAGCACACUUACAAAGCUUACCAUUCUUUACCUAACCCAUAAUCAUCUUCAAGGUUCAAUACCAGUAGAACUAGGGAGUUUGACACAACUAGUGCAUUUGUCUCUUUAUAAUAAUUCGCUAACGGGUUCAAUCCCUUCUACUUUGAGUCAAUUGGUCAAUUUGAGAUAUCUCCUUCUAUCUUUCAACCAACUUGAAGGUGCCAUACCAGCAGAACUGGGGAAUUUAACACAACUGAUUGGAUUUUAUCUCUCCAACAAUUCAAUCACCGGUUCAAUCCCUUCUAGUUUGGGUCAAUUACAGAAUUUGACUAUUCUCCUUCUUGAUUCUAAUCGUAUUCAAGGUCCCAUACCAGAAGAAUUUGGAAAUUUAAAAUCUCUACAUAUAUUAUAUCUGUCAAACAAUUUGCUCACCAGUACAAUUCCCCCUACAUUGGGUCGAUUGGAGAAUUUGACACACCUCUUCCUUGAUUCUAACCAAAUAGAAGGUCACAUACCCCUAGAGCUAGCGAAUUUGUCCAAUUUAGACACUUUACAUCUUUCACAAAACAAGAUCUCCGGUUUAAUACCUCCAAAACUAUUUCAAAUGGGCAAAAUGCAUUCUUUAUAUCUCUCAUCAAAUCUGUUAAGUGGCUCAAUCCCAAUAGAGAAUCUGAAAUGUCCCUCUAUUGCAACAGUUGAUUUAAGUUACAACUUGUUAAAUGGAAGCAUACCUUCUCAAAUUGGUUGUGUCAAUAACCUUGACCUUAGCCACAAUUUUCUUAAAGGUGAGGUUCCAUCUCUUUUGGGAAAGAAUUCCAUACUAGAUAGGUUGGAUCUUAGUUAUAAUAAUCUCACAGGUAAACUGUACAGGGAACUUGCUACUCUAACAUAUAUAAACCUUUCAUACAAUUCUUUUGACUUUUCACAAGACCUUGACUUGAAGGCACACAUACCAGAUUAUUGUUCUUUCCCAAGAAACUCACUAAUCAGUCACAACCCACCAAAUUUUACAUCUUGUGAUCCUUCUCCCCAAACAAACUCUCCAACUAGUAAAGCUAAGCCUAUCACUCUAAUUGUUAUUCCUAUCAUCGGUAUAAUUCUUUGGGUAAUUCUUUUAGCAUUAUAUUUCGCAAGAUGCUUUUCUAAAACCAAAUUUGAAGGAGGAUUAGCAAAGAAUGGAGACUUGUUUUCUGUAUGGAACUAUGAUGGCAAAGUUGCAUUUGAAGACAUCAUUGAAGCAACAGAAGACUUUCACAUCAAGUACUGCAUUGGGACUGGUGCAUAUGGAAGUGUCUAUAGAGUUCAAUUGCCGACUGGCAAAAUUGUUGCAGUGAAGAAACUUCACCAAAUGGAAGCUCAAAAUCCAUCUUUUGACAAAAGUUUCCGCAAUGAGGUCAAGAUGCUAACCGAAAUAUGUCAUAGAAACAUUGUAAAGCUUCAUGGUUUUUGCCUACAUAAUCGGUGUAUGUUUCUAGUCUAUCAAUACAUGGAAAGUGGUAGCUUAUUUUAUGCCUUGAAUAAUGAUGUGGAAGCUAAGGAGAUGAAUUGGAGCAAGAGGGUGAACAUCAUUAAAGGAAUGGCAGAUGCUUUGUCCUACAUGCAUCAUGAUUGUACACCACCCAUUAUUCAUCGAGAUGUAACAAGUAGCAAUGUUUUAUUGAACUCACACUUGCAGGCUUUUGUCUCAGACUUUGGCACAGCUAGACUCCUUGAUCCUGAUUCUUCAAAUCAAACAUUAGUAGUUGGCACAUACGGAUAUAUUGCCCCAGAGCUUGCUUACACAUUGACUGUAUCAGAAAAAUGUGAUGUUUUUAGUUUUGGGGUUGUGGCAUUAGAAACAUUAAUGGGAAGACAUCCAGGAGAGUUCAUCUCGUCUUUAUCAAAUUCAUCAACUCAAAACAUAUUACUGAAGGACCUCUUGGAUGCACGUCUUCCUCUUCCUGUUUUUCCAAAAGAUGCUCAAGAUAUAAUGCUUGUGGUAGCACUAGCAUUGGCUUGCUUGUGUUCCCAACCAAAGUCUAGACCAUCAAUGCAACAAGUGGCUCAAGAACUUUGUGCUUCCAAACUACCCCCACCUCUGCCUUUCUAUAAAAUUUCAAUUGCUCAGUUGAUGACUCCAGAUACAUUAUUGUCUUUCAUUUGAGUAUGAACACAGAAAUCUUGCAUGCAACAACUCAGGAAAGUAAUAUUUUGGUUAAAAUAUGUUUUAGGUCCAUGAUAAAUUACAAAUUUUUGUUUUAGGUUCCUAAUAAAAAAAAUUGUUGCAUUAGAUUCCUGAUAUAUCAAAAACUUUUGUUUUGAGUA